UAUGUAUGUACAUUCAAAGUGAGCCUCGGCCUGAUGACGUCGGCAUUGUUCGCAGCCUCCCUUCAAAUCAGCAACUCGGCCGUCCUCACCAAUCACGAGUGGCCCAAAAAGCUCACGAGAUGGAAGCUUCGGCGACGGACCCUCCCCCACAUGGCAGGUUGCUGCGGCCCCAGACCGCCGUCAGAUGUUCGCGUUUGGCCCUACCACCGUCGCCAAACCCCCUUUGGCGCUGCCUGCGCUGGCAUGUGAAAGAUGCCCGAAUCCGCGGCCAGCUGUUAUAACUUCAUGCGGCCGUCAUUGUUCUCUGUUCUCUUCUAGUCCUGUGACCUCUUGUCUCCCCUUCCACUCGACACCCACAAUUCUCUCCAAACAGCCAUGGCACAGCGCUUCUCUACCGCCGAUGUGGCCUCCCACAACAAGGCCGACAACCUCUACAUCAUCGUUGACGAAGAUGUAUACGACCUCACAAAGUUCCAAGACGAACAUCCCGGUGGAAAGAAGAUCCUCCAGCGUGUAGCAGGCAAAGAUGCAUCUAAGCAAUUCUGGAAGUACCACAACGAGGGCAUCCUCAAAAAGUUCCAAAAGCAACUUCAGGUCGGCUCGCUAGACACAAAGGCCGCGCCUCCUACUCCUCCGCCAUCUCCACCCAAGAAAGAGCCUGUCAAGCCUUCCGCCGAAUCUGGUGUGGUAGCACCCCAGCCAACCGGCGAAGCCGCUGAGGAGGCUGAAGCACUGGAUCCCUACGGCGACCUCAUCCCCUACGCGGAUCCUGCCUGGUAUCAAUCCUAUCACUCUCCCUACUUCAACGAGUCACACGCUGCCCUCCGCGACGAAGUCAGACAAUGGGUCGAAGACAAGAUCAUGCCCAACGUCUCCGAGUGGGAUGAGGCAAGAAAAGUGCCAGACGAAAUCUACAAGGAGAUGGGCGACCGAGGCUACCUGGCUGGUCUGCUUGGUAUACACUACCCUACCCACUUGACCGACAGGCGUGUAGCGAGUGUGCCGCCUGAGAAAUGGGAUCUCUUCCACGAAAUGCUUGUUACCGACGAACUGUCGCGUGCAGGCAGUGGAGGAUUUGUCUGGAGCAUGAUUGGUGGCUACGGCAUCGGUGGCCCGCCAUUGUUCAAGUUCGGAAAGAAGGAGCUCGUCAAACGUAUUGGUCCCUCUAUUCUCAGCGGUGAAAAGCGCAUUUGUCUCGCCAUUACGGAGCCGGACGCUGGCAGCGAUGUCGCCAAUCUGACAUGCGAAGCUAAGCUCUCCGAGGACGGCAAGCACUACAUUGUAAACGGCGAGAAGAAGUGGAUUACCAACGGUGUUUGGUGCGACUACUUCACAACUGCAGUUCGCACUGGUGGUGAAGGUAUGAACGGUGUCUCGCUCCUUCUCAUUGAGCGGGAAGCUGGCGGUGUUACCACCCGCAAGAUGGACUGCCAAGGUGUCUGGUCAAGCGGUACCACCUACAUCACCUUUGAAGACGUCAAGGUGCCAGUCGAGAACCUCCUCGGCAAAGAAAACCAGGGCUUCAAGGCGAUUAUGACCAACUUCAAUCAUGAGCGCAUCGGCAUCAUUAUCCAGUGUUUGCGCUUCUCGCGCGUCUGCUACGAGGAAUCCAUGAAGUACGCACACAAGCGCAAGACGUUCAACAAGCGCCUCAUCGAUCACCCUGUCAUUCGUCUUAAGCUCGCCCACAUGGCCCGCCAGAUCGAGGCGUCAUACAACUGGCUUGAGAACCUGAUUUACCAAUGUCAGAAGAUGGGAGAAAUGGAGGCUAUGCUCAAGCUUGGUGGCGCUAUCGCCAGUUUGAAGGCCCAAAGCACUGUCACCUUUGAAUUCUGCGCCAGAGAAGCCAGUCAGAUUUUCGGCGGCCUCAGUUACAGCCGCGGCGGUCAGGGCGCCAAAGUCGAGCGUUUGUACCGCGAUGUCAGGGCGUAUGCUAUCCCGGGUGGCAGUGAAGAGAUUAUGCUUGACCUUAGUAUCAGGCAGGCAUUGAGGGUGCAUAAAGUACUUGGCAUGAAGUUGUAA